AUGUCCGCGCGACAAUCGGCAGCCACUCCCGGCCUAGAAGGAGUUCGGCUCGUUCCAGGACCGCUCGCGAUGACCGCGCUGGGCCUGGAUUACUCCGUAUUCCGCACAGAGAUGGCCUUGUACCCGUAUAUGGUAUAUAGCUGGUCUUCUAUCCGCUGCCUUCGCCGCCUGUUACUCCCAGGCAAUGGUCCACAGAGCAACUCGGGACAUGAACCUAUGCCGACCACUUGGUCUGUUGUCCCCGCGAUUGAGGGGCUUCCAGAUCCAGUACAAGGCAGGACCCAGCCAAGGAGUGUUGAAACGUGGCUAUUAGCAAUAGCGGAGGCCCGAGAAGGAACCUGGUGCCCGAUCACUAAGCAGCAGAGGAGAGGAGUGCUCGGUAAAAAUGACAAAGACAAGCUCGGCCCAAAAACCUUCCAAGCUUCCAAAGCCCAGCAGCCUGGAUCAUUUCCAGGCGGCCUGCCGUAA